AUGUCUCAAUCAGCCCGUGAGCAAUCUUCAUCGAUGAAUCAAAUCUCAACCAGUGAGGCUUUAAAUUCCUUGCAAGGAAAUGAGGAUGUGUUCGAAAAUUUAUUAAUCACUCUGAGAACACUUCAAAUGCAAAACAAGCGUUUGAUCGAUUUUCAAAUAUCAAGUUACAAGUGGCAUCUUCAACAUCAUGACAAUAUUAAAAAGAUAAUUAAAGGAUUGAACAUGUUGGGAGAGUCAUUCGAAAGAUAUGGAAUUGAAGGAUUUAAUAUUACUCCAACAGAAGAUGUCAAUUUAAGAGAGAAAACAUUGGAAAUUGCAAAUUCAUUGAACAUUAUACCUCCUGAUUUUCAAGAAAACUCAAGAAGUGUUGCAAAGAGUAAAACCACAAGUAGGGAAUCUAAAAGUGAUCCGUUUGAAGAAAAGCUUACAAACCUUCAUUCAAUUGUUGUUGGAUUCUUCAAAAAGUCAAAUGUAUCAUCUCUUGAAAGAGAAGCAUUCGAAAGAGAACUGAAAUCCAUUUCUGAUAUUGAGACCUUCUCAACUCUGAAAGAAGAGUCCUACUGCACUGUCUUUCCAAUUUUUGCUUCAUGGUUUAAAAAGGUUGACAGUAUUAGAUAUGGAUUGAUUUAUAUUUAUGAAGGGUUGAGAAUUUUCCCAAAUGCUUUCACUAGGCGUGCCAAUCUUGCAUCAAUGAAAGAAAUUGUGAAUGCAUUGGAGGAUUUAUGUAGAGUUUCUAUUGAAUUUAUUACUAAAGGAUCUUUGAAGAAAUCAAUUCAACAAACAGCAGCAAAUCUUUCAUUGGAAAAGGAUGAUGUUGAGAAGGGAGUAAAAAGUUUAUCAUAUUUAUUUUCCGAUUGUGCUAAAGCAAAUUUGGAUGGUAACAAAUUCCAAUUAACAAUCUUUGAUAUCCCUUCACUUUCAGAUCAAUCUGCUGGAAUUUUACUUAAUUAUUAUGAACAAAAUUUCCAAAAUAUUCGUACCUUGUUCUCUAAAGCAAGUAGUACUGAAUCAUGUUAUGGACUCAGUACAAUGCCACAAUAUAAAGAUUUGGAAUGGAGAUUUGAAGUGGAAUGUGACAGAAGAAGUGUUAGACAAUUGGUAGAACCAUACUUUACAUUGAAAUUAAUUACAUCAACGACAAGUGGAGACGAAAAGAAAAAUCAAGCUCAAUACUUUAACUGUUCACUCCAUGAAUUGAAGCAUAUUCACGAUGUUUUGGGAGAAGCUCUCAAGGAAAUGAAAUCUUCUCACACCAGAAGAAUCAAAUAUUAUAUCAAAUAA